UUGCAAAGCCAGACUUUAGGGAAAAGGUUUUUAGCUGGGAGGGAGUUGUUCCCCAGGGGAGGGGACUCCUGGAUCACGUCUAGUUGUCUAGCUGUGGAAUUGCUGAUGUGUAGUGGGGAAGAGACCCAAGCCACACAGUCUGUGUCUGUGUCUGUGUGCCCCCCACAACCAGUCCCUUGGCUCCCAACAUCAGCAAGCUGAUAACUUGGGACACCCUGCCCUGAAGAAGCAGCUGAUGCCUCUGCCCCUCAGAAGCUUCCUGUCAGCCAGGCAGACAGACAUUAAAGAGGAUGUGGGCACAGCCUGGGAGGUGGCACAGUGGCUGGAGCACCUGACUCUCAAGCAUGAGGUCCUGAGUCCCAUCCUAGGCAUCACAUGUACCAGAGUGAUGUUCUGCUUCUCUUGUUCUUCCUCUUUCUCUUUCUCAUAAAUAAAUAAAUGGGUCAAAAACCGAAUCUAAAAAAAGGUGUGAGUUUUGGGUGGGGGGCAGGCUGUAAGGUACUACUAUGGGUCUGGGGAGACCCCCCACACACACAAGGGCUUCCAGAGGCCCUUGCUGGAGGGUGGAGGGAGGCCCUGGGUUGGGGCAGCCUUAGCCCUUUCAUUUCCACUCCUCUGAUAAGUGAGCAAGAGGGGAAUGGGGUGGGUGUGAGAAGAGGGAGAACAAUAUUUUUAUUUCCAACACAGAUAGAGGUGGGGGCAGCAGGAAAGAAUAGGGUUUAGGACACCUUUGAGACCAGCACAGAAAAUCCCCACUGGGGCCCAAAAUAGUUCUCAGAGCCGAUGCUGGGCCAAAUCAGCCUUAAUUGAGCUGCUCUCUCUUCUGGACUGGAGCUGGCUUUGUUCCCCUGGGGUGACAUUGUCCCUUGGGUCCCUGCCCUGGCUAAUUAAACAGAGAGGCCCUGGUCUCUGACCACGGCGGGAGCCUGGGAAGCUCAGCAUGGCAGCCCAUGGCAGAGCUCUGCCUGAGCAUUCUAGAAGGCCAGAGAUGCUGACCAGGGGCCAGGUGGGUGACAGACAGGCAGACAGGCCUGGUCUUGCUGACUAACACUGUGGCCUGUCUCUCUGGAUGCUGGAAGGGCCAGUGAAGCGAAGCCAUCACUUCCUGAGUGCCUGCUCUUGUUCUGGCCACUGGGUGGUCUUCCUUACUAACUGCCCCCACACAGGCUGCCAAGGAAACUGCACUACAGAGUAGUGACCUGCCUGAGGUCACAUAGCAUCCAGAGUGACAGUGGAAUCUGUUAAGACUCCAAAUCCAGGGGCCUGGUGCUGGUGCUUCUGGUUGAGUGCACAUGUUACAGUACGUGAGGACUUGGGUUCGAGCCCCUGGUCCCCACCUGCAAGGGGAAAGCUUUGCAAGUGGUGAAGCAGGGCUGCAGGUGUCUGUCUCUCUCCCUUCCUGUCACCCUCUCAAUUUCUGGCUGUCUCUAUCCAAUAAAUAAGUAAAGAUUAAAAAAAAAAAAGAAUUAAAAAAAAAAACAGACUCCAAAGCCAAGCACUGUUGAUGACAUAGAGUCUAGACCUGAGAGGUGUCACAGGAGUGAGUAUGAACUCUCUUCAUUCCCCCUGCCAUGGGGAAAAUAUGCAGACAAAGUCUUCACCCUGGACUGGCCACAGUGGUUAAACUGCAGGAGACAGGGAGGGGAAGGAGGAGGCCCCUAGAGGUUAGAAAGUGCCUGGGCCACCCAGAGUGGCUGGCUCAGAGACAGAGCCUGGGGCUGGUGGAGAAAAGCAGAGAGAUUGUGGUAUCUGUGCUGUAUCAGUGUAGGGUUUCUUUAUUUGAAUGAGAGAGGGUGGCCCCAGUCUGCAGGUGGAGUGGAAUGUGGGUGUUUAUUUUCCUUCACCCCUGAAAGCCCUGUUUCAGCUCUGGCUGAUAGUGCUGCUGCCUUAGAGGGUGCCCAUGCCAGGGGUCUACCCAGGUGGGCAGUCAGAGGGUAGCACCAAGUGAGGCCCCCCAUACAGCCUCUCAGCCUACAGCCCCACAACCAGUGGGGGAUAUCUGGGACAUUCCCCACCUCAAAAAAAAAAAAAAGCAAGGGGCGGAAACCUGACACCCCUCAUUUCCUGCAGUUUGGCCCCUGCACCAAGUCAUUGGCUGCCUUAUCUCCUGGCAGCUGUGGGUUGCUGGGAAGGCAGGGUAGCCUUCCUGAAUGACAAACAAAACAAGUCUUGCUCACAGGCAAUGGGAGACUGGCUGGGCCUGCCUGGCUCCCUCUGUUUCAGCUCCUGGCGGGGGUUGGGGGCUGGGGGCUCUCCUGCUUCACCCAGCAGGCACUGUCUUGUGCUAAGGGGCCUGCAAAACCAUUGUAGGACAGAUGUCCCUGACACGAGAUAAGCAGCCCGAGUCAUGCAGUCUUUUCGAGAAAGGUGUGGUUUCCAUGGCAAACAGCAGAGCUACCAGCAGACUGCCCCGGAGACAUCACGCCUGGAGAGCUACCGGCAGCAGGGCCCGGGGGCCGGGCUGAGCUGUGAGCGGCAGCGGCUGCUGGCCAAGGACUACUACCCACAGCCCUACCCAGCCUACGAGGGUGCAGGCACCCCAGUGGGCACAGCGCGUGCCACCAAGGGCCUGGCCUCCUCCCAGCAGAGUCUGCAGGCCCGGCCAGCCUUCCCUGGCUACGUCCAGGAUAGCAGCCCCUACCCAGGUCGAUACUCAGGCGAGGAGGGCAUGCAGGCCUGGGGGGCACCCCAGCCUCCACCUCCCCAGCCGCAGCCACUGCCUGGGGGCGUGGGCAAGUAUGAGGAGAACUUGCUGAAGAAGACAGCUGUGCCCCCUGGCCGGCAGUACCCAGAACAGGGGGGCCAGCUGCCCUUCCGGACCCACUCCCUGCAUGUACCCCCACAGCUGCCGCAGCAGGCCCCACAACCACAGCCCAUGCCUGGGUACCCUAAGCUCCAGAGGCAGAAACUGCAGGGUGAUCUGGCCUCACCGCAGCUGCCCUUCCCGCAGGGUAGCCACUUCCCCCAGCACUCCCAGUCCUUCCCUGCCUCCUCUACCUACUCUUCUGGUGGCCCUGGCAGUGGGCAGGGCACCCACUCCUACAAGAGCUGCACGGCACCCUCAGCCCAGCCCCACGACCGGCCGCUGGCCACCAGUGCCAGCCUGGCCCCGGGGCAGCGGGUGCAGAGCCUCCACGCCUACCCAGCUAGCCGACUGGGUUAUGAGCAACAAAAGCAGCAGCAGCAACAGCAAGCCCUGCAGAGCCGACACCAUGCCCAGGAAGCCCUCCACUUCCAGAACCUCGCCAAGUACCAACACUAUGGGCAACAGGGCCCUGGCUACUGCCAGCCUGAUGGUAGCGUGCGCACUCCAGAGCAGUACUACCAGACCUUCAGCCCCAGCUCCAGCCACUCCCCUGCACGCUCUGUGGGCCGCUCCCCAUCCUACAGCUCCACGCCCUCGCCGCUCAUGCCCAACCUGGAAGGCUUCCCCUACAAUCAGGCACCUCUCGGCUCUAGCACCUUCCCUGCCGCCUCUACUGCCGCCUCUGCCACCGCAGCCCCCACUGGCGGUCUGGCCGAACACAGCCACUUUAUGCCGCUGCUCAACCCUUCUCCAACAGAUGCAGCCGGGGGCUCUGUGGACACUGCACAGACCACCAACUGCAAGCCGCUGCAGAAAGAUAAGCUGCCUGAGAACCUGCUAUCGGACCUAAGUCUGCAGAGCCUGUCAGCAUUGACCUCACAGGUGGAGAACAUCUCCAACACCGUGCAGCAGCUGCUGCUCUCCAAGGCUGCAGUGCCACAAAAAAAGGCUGCCAAGGGCCUAGCCUCACGCACACCCGAGCCGCACAAGGGCCAGCACUGCAGCCCCGAUGCCAGUGGCUACUCAGCUGAGCCUGCGGGCACACCACUGUCAGAGCCACUGAGCAGCACACCACAGUCCACACAUGCUGAGCCGCCUGAGGCUGACUACCUGAGUGGCUCUGAGGACCCACUAGAGCGCAGCUUCCUCUACUGUGGCCAGGCCCGUGGGGGUGCCAGCCCAGGCCGGGGUAGUGGCGGCCCCAAGGCCAAGCCCGAGUCUGUGUCCACCUGCUCAGUCACCUCACCUGACGACAUGUCCACCAAGUCUGACGACUCCUUCCAGAGCCUGCAGGGCAGCCUGCCGCUUGACAGCUUUUCCAAGUUUGUGGCAGCCGAGCGGGACUGCCCACGCCUGCUGCUCAGCGCCCUAGCACCCGAGGACCUGGCCUCUGAGAUCCUGGGCCUGCAGGAUGCUAUGGACGACAAGGCUGACAAGACAUGGCCUGAGCCUCCCGGCCUGGCCAAGGACACUGACAAGCCCACCUUCUCUCUGGAGAACCACGGCACUUGCCUGGACCCUUCAACCAAGGGCACAUGGCCACCAAGGCCUGGAGAGCCUGAGGCCCUGCCUGAUGCCCUGCAACUGGACAAGAGUGGCAGCAGUACCAAGGACUUCAGCCCCAGCCUGUUCGAGGACCCCUCAGUGGGGUUUUCUGCCCCUGACCCCAAGAAGCCAGCUGGUACCCUCUCCUUUGGCCCCAAGACUGCCUCAGACCCCACCACUGCCUCGGCCUUUGACUGCUUCCCUGACUCGGCCACUGCUGGUGCAGUGGAUGGUACCAACCCAUUUGCCUGGCCCGAGGAGAACUUGGGGGAUGCCUGUCCCAGGUGGGGGCUGCAUGCCGGGGAGCUCGCUAAGGGCCUGGAGCCUGGUGGGCCAGCAGCAGACAGCAAGGAGAACACCCACGAGGCCCCUGCCUGUCUGCACUUCCCAGAGGAGGAGCCCCCAGGGGAGAAGGCGGCAGUUCCUCGGGACUUCAAGCAAGAGGAGGGAGGCGGUGUGAAGGAGGAGGUGGGCGGGCUGCUGCAGUGCUCUGAUGUAGGCAAGGCUGACCAGUGGCUGGAUGACAGCCGCCACUGCUGCCCUGCAGACUUUGGGGACCUGCCUCUGCUCCCACCUGCGAGCCGGAAGGAGGACCUGGAGGCAGAGGAGGAGUACUCCUCCCUGUGCGAGCUGCUGGGCAGCCCCGAGCAGAGGCCCGGACUGCAGGACCCAUUGUCACCCAAGGCCACAAUGGCCUGUGCCAAGGAGGAGGCAGGUGAGGCCCUGGACCCCAAGGCCAGCUGGGGCUCCCCAUGCCCCCUGUCGGGGGACUCUGUCCUCCUGCUGGGUCCCACCGUGGGCGCCGAGUCCAAGGUACACAGCUGGUUUGAGUCCUCCCUGUCCCAUAUGAAGGCAGGGGAUGCAGCAUCUGGCUGUGUGCUGACCACAGGGGAUGCUGCUACCCGGGUCCCUGAUUCCACCCUGGCACAGAAGCCUGAGGCACCUAUUUCCAAGAAGGAGCCAGUACCUCGUGGCAAGAGCCUACGCAGCCGGCGGGUGCAGAGGGGGCUUCCCGAGGUAGAGGACUCACCUUGCCGGGCACCAGCAUUGCCCAAGGACCUGCUGCUCCCUGAGUCCUGUGGAGGGCCUCCCCAGGCCCAGAUGGAGGGAGCAGGGGCUCCAGGCCGGGCACCCUCAGAGGGGCUCCCCAGGAUGUGUACACGCUCUCUCACAGCCCUGAGCGAGCCCCGCACACCGGGGCCCCCUGGCUUGCCCACCACCCCUGCGCCUGCAGACAAGCUGGGGGGCAAGCAGCGUGCAGCCUUCAAGUCAGGCAAACGUGUGGGGAAACCCUCACCCAAGGCCGCCUCAAGUCCCAGUAACCCUGCUGCCCUGCCCGUGGCUUCAGACAGCAGCCCUGUGGGCUCUAAAACCAAGGAGCCAGACUCACCAGGCCGCCCAGGCAAGGAUCAGCGCUCCAUGAUCCUGCGCUCCCGCACCAAGACCCAGGAGGCCUUCCACUCCAAGCGCCGGCGGCUCCCAUCCGAGAGCCGGCUACCUCCCUGCCGUGCCACCAAGAAACUGCUGACCAACCACCACCUGCCCAUGACCCCCACCACCACCACUGACGGCAGCCCCCCAAAGGAUGCCCGGGGGGGUCCACGGGCCAGGGUGCACAAACCCCCUACAGCUGCUGGUGACAAGCUCCCGGACCGGCCCCUGCAUGCACUCAAGAGGAAAAUAGGCUUUCCAGGCCCCGUGCCUGCCAAGAAGCGCAGCCUGGCCCUGCGGAGCAGCGGCCUCGGGGACACCAAGGAAGAGCAUGCCCAGGGCCCACACACCCUCUUCAAGAGGCUGGCCUCCCCCAAGAAGGCCAAACCCUGCCAGGCCCUGGAGGAGCCAGGUGCCAAGCCCCCACCUCCUGAGGGCCCAGAUCAUGGUCCCAAGCCCAGCUCCCGUGCCGCCUCCCCUGGUGCCAUGAAGACCAAGGUGCUGCCGCCACGUAAGGGCCGGGGGCUGAAGCUGGAGGCCAUUGUUCAGAAGAUCACCUCACCCAGCCUCAAGAAGUUUGCCUGCAGGGCGCCAGGGGCCCUGCCCGGCCACCCCCUAAGCCCAACUGGCCCAGACAAGGACCAUGGUGGGCCCAAGAGCACUGGGGGUAGCCCACUGGGGAUGGAGGAAGGCCUCUGUACUGUAGGUGCCAGGCAGAAGCUUCCAGGAACUCUGGGGCCUGAGCCAGUGUGCAGAGACCCUGCCAGUCGGCCCUUGAGGGGGAGACUGUUCACCAGUAAGAAGCUGGCUGCCACCACCACCUCUGCCACCUGUUUCCAAACAGAGGCCUUCAUGGCCUCCGAGACCUUGCCACCUGGGGCCGAGGGCCUGGCCCCCAGGAAAAGAAGCCGCAAGGGCAGGGCCCUGGGGCUCCCCAAAGGACCCCUGGAAAAGAGGCCCCACCUUGGCCCAGCUGGGCUCCUGGCUCCCCGAGACCAAGCCAGCAGUCAGGGGGGCAGUGAGGACAGCCCUGGGGGAGGCAGCAAGAAGCCAAAGACAGAGGAGCUGGGCUUGGCCCCCCAACUCCCUGAGGGCCAGUCCUGCCAGCCCCAGACCAGGGCGCAGAAGCAGCCGGGCCAUGCCAACUACAGCAGCUACUCUAAGCGGAAGCGCCUGGCACGGGGCCGGGCCAAGAAUGCCAGCUCCUCACCCUGCAAGGGGCGUGCCAGGCGGCGGCGGCGGCAGCAGUUGCUGCCCUUGGAUCCCACUGAACCUGAAAUCCGCCUCAAGUACAUUUCCUCAUGCAAGCGGCUGCGGGCAGACAGCCGCACCCCAUCCUUCUCGCCCUUCGUGCGGGUAGAGAAGCGAGACGCAUUCACCAUGGUCUGCACUGUCGUCAACGCACCUGGGGAUGAGCCCACACCCCUGCGGAAGCCUUCCUCCUCUGCCUCCUCUGCCUCCUUCUCAUCCUCGGGGUCCCUGCAGGACGCAGCUGGGGUCCUGCUGGCCACCCUGCCUGGGAGCACUGUCCCACAGCAGCGGCCAUUGCUGCCCCUUUCCUCUACCAUGCAUCUGGGACCCGUGGUCUCCAAGGCCCUCAGUACCUCUUGCCUUGUUUGCUGCCUCUGCCAAAACCCCGCCAACUUCAAGGACCUGGGGGACCUUUGUGGGCCCUACUACCCUGAGCACUGCCUCCCCAAAAAGAAGCCAAAACUUAAGGAGAAAGUACGGCCGGAGGGCUCCUUGGAGGAAGUGUCCCCACCCCUUGAGAGAACACUCAAAGGCUUCGAGUGUGUGGCUGCCACCACUGCUGCUGCCACCUCUGGGAAGCCCCCCAGACCUGAAGGCCCAGCCGACCCAAUCAAACAGGGUUCUCUGCGUACCAGCACCAGGGGUCUGUCACGGCGGCUGCAGAGCUGCUACUGCUGUGAUGGCCGGGGGGAAGGCGGCAGUGAGGAGGCAGCCCUGGCUGACAAGAGUCGCAGGCACGAGUGCAGCAAGGAGGCACCAGCUGAACAGGGUGGGGACACCCAGGAGCACUGGGUGCAUGAGGCCUGCGCUGUGUGGACAGCCGGGGUCUACCUGGUGGCGGGGAAGCUCUUUGGGCUGCAAGAGGCCAUGAAGGUGGCCUUGGACAUGACAUGUACCGGCUGCCAGGAGGUGGGGGCCACCAUCGGGUGCUGCCACAAAGGAUGCAUGCACACCUACCACUACCCGUGUGCCAGUGAGGCAGGUUGCAUAUUCGUGGAAGAUAACUUUUCUCUGAAGUGUCCCAAACAUAAGAGGCUGCCGUUGUAAUCCACCCAGCGGAGCCACUGGAGCUGCCAUCACCGCAGAAAGGAAUUGCACUGUGGCCUUAGAUCCUUGAUCCUAGGACCUGGAUCCUGGAUCUGGCUGCCCUGGGCUGCCAGCAUGUGACGUGGGCUGGAAAGCCAGAGACACCUGCACAGAUUGAAGGAGUUGGGGUGCUCCCACCCUCAGACCAGAGCCUGGUGUGCCAGGGACCCCACAAGAGUGACCAAAUUCCAUGGGGCCCUCAUUGAGGGUGGGGGGAGACCCUGAACCCAGGGGACGCUCUCCUCUAGAAGUUACAAAAUGACAUGGCACACAUUCUGUAGGGGUCGCUGCUACCAGCACUGUGCCUACAGCUGGGGACCUGGAAGCGCUGUGGGGAGCUCCUGACUCCACAAGCAAGGUGGGAAAGCUGAGACCCUUCUGGAGAGAUAGGGGCCAGAUGGGGGGGGGUCGCUAAGCUUUGGAUCAACAGUUCCCAGUGCGUCCAAGCACCCUGCCUACCUUGCCCUUGCCAAACCGGGAGCGGUUAUUCCCUCCCCAACCUGUCCCUUUCCAGGCCUCUCCCUGUCCCCUGGGUGCACAGAGGGGGAGGAGUGGCCACUAGAAGGCACUCCUCAAGUGGACACGUGCUCCUAGCACCCGGGGCCAGGCUCCCUCCUGUACAAACCCGUGUCCCCUCUAUAUAUAUGUCACAUAGAAUGUAUAUAUGUUGGGAACGUGCUCGCUUCCCUGCUGUGCUCACCUCAGCAUGGGCCCCGGGGAGGGGGCUCAAGCCAUGCCCCAUCUCCUGCAGCACCACCGGCCCCAGCCAGCCCCAGCCCGUCUGUCCGCCUGUUCGUCUGUGUCUUCGGCUCUGUCCACGCUUCAGUAGGCCUGAUGCAGCUCCUGUCACCGGGGCCACCCUGCACCCCCCUGUACAUAUGACUGUAAAAUGGUCCACGUGUGUAUUAUACCUGGCCUCGUUACAUAGUGUAUAUAUAUGUAUACAUAUACAUAUAUAUAAUAUAUAUGAAGACUGUAAAUGUUAAGACGACUAGUGUUCUUAUUAGUAUAUUGCUUCACACUGAAGAUUGUGUGUAUCGAGCUGUUUCUAAAAAGAUGUUUAUUUUCCUUAAGAGUUAAAAAAAAACAGUCAUUGCAUUCAGAAAAAAAAAAGUCAAUAAAGAUACGAUUGUUUUGGAAGUCUGCA